AUGACGGUCAUGAGAGUCAGCAAUGAUGCCAAAUGUUUUUGCUUCCCACUAACGUUGAGUGGGUCCGCGGAGGAAUGGUUCAAGAAGUUGGAACCAGGAUCAGUGGAUUGCUGGAACAAGCUGCAAGUUAGUUUCCGGAGACAGUUUGUCGCCGCGAGAAAGGUUAAUCUUGAGCAAGAAGGAGCCUCCAACCUUCAAGACUUCCAGAAGAGAGUCCAAAAGUACAUUAACUUAGAAGAGGCCCAAAUAGUGGCUUAUGGGGGAUACUAUUCGACCGGAAUAGCAGGGUAUGCGCCCGGAGUCCAGCUCCCGGGAACCCUACCAACGGCUACUCCACCAAUGAGCGGCAUACAAUUCUCUGCUACCCUAGGAUAUAAUCAGAGCCAGGCAUUGGCUCCUGCAUCUUCUCAUUAUGGGAAUCCUUCUGGGAUAAAUGGACAAGUCCCGUCUCACUCUGCUCAUGCUGCAAGCCUAGCGGGACCUUCUCAAGGCUCUCGGAGCAAGAGGUCCUCAAAAGGUAGCAACCGGACGGAGGACAAGCGACAGAAAAGGGGGUACACUCCCCAAUACACCCAGUACACGGAACUGACAGACUCCCAGGAAUGUGUGUAUUUCACCACCAGGCAAAAUACGCACUACCGGAGACCGCCUCCUCUGUACAGAGAUUUCUCCCGAAGGGAUUCCAACAAAAGAUGUGAAUACCAUAAUGACAUUGGACACAGCACCAAUGAAUGCAAAAACCUUAAAGAUGAGAUCGAAAACUUGAUUCUAUUGGGUCAUCUCUACGAGUGGAUUAAGAACCGGCUGCCUCAUCUCAACCCGGUUCCGGCAGCAGGACCUUUGCUCCAAGGAGCGCCAGGGGGAGAGGAGAAAUCAUACGCUGAAACGCUAUAA